GCGGGGCCCGGCUCCCACUUCGGGCGAGCUCCCUAGGUCGCCCGCGCCCGGUCCCCUCGUCUCGCCUUGGCCUGGCGGCGGCGGGGCCCUCCCCUGAGACGGGCCCGGCAGCACCGUGCCCGACCGGGACCGGCGCUGCCAUCGCGCACUGCCUGGGGCGCCCACCGCGAGCCGCCGACUCCCCCGCACUCGGGCCUUCCCCGGGCGUGAGAAAGGGAAGGACGUGAGGCCCGGCCCCCGGCCCUGCGACCCCUCCUCGGCGCGGCGGAACGGCGGCGGCGGCGGCCGGCGCGAGCGCGGGCCGCGGGGAGGGAAGCGGUCCCCACAGGCUGGAGGGGUGCACGUCGACCUACCCAAGCUAUUUCCCAGGGCUCCGGCUGUAAUGCGCACCGAGACUUCGCUGGAAAGCGGGCGAUGCCUAUUUGUCCUGAUGUCAGUCCUUAAUCUAGUCCCUCGCAGCCUGUGACCCUUGCGACCACAACGUGCGCCCUCAGCCUCACUCUGACAGUGAAACCAUUGGACUAUGUAAGGACAAGGGUAGAAACUGACAGGAAGGGGUUCGGUUCCGAGCUGUCACGGUCCUCGUAAACGCUACAUAGAGUAGAGAGAACUCGGUAAAGUGUAGGGAGGCGGCAGUGCCAACCCGUCACAGGCACCCGACGUGUAAGCCUCACGCUUUAGGAGCGGGUUGGCAGGACGGACCUCAACUCGGAACGCAGUUCCCGCGGAGUGCAGUUUCCCCCCGGAGGCGGCUCCGCGGCACCUGUCCCUGUUACGCAGGCGCUAAGCCACUGACAGAGCAUGGGAGCCGUGGGUGUUCUGUGUUUGGCGGUGGCGAUCCUAGCACCGGGCAUCUUCUGGGUUUGGCGCUUCUUGGAACGAAUGAAGAAUCAGGUGCAGGCUGGCCUGUUGGGAAGAGGAAGCCGGACCCUCCUGGUGAUCGCGCACCCCGACGAUGAAGCCAUGUUCUUUGCUCCCACUUUGCUAGGCUUGGCCCGCCUGAGGCACCAGGUGUUCCUGCUCUGCUUCUCCGCAGGGAAUUACUACAAUCAAGGGGAGAUUCGUAAGAAAGAACUUUUGCAGAGCUGUGAUGUGUUGGGGAUUCCACCCACCAAUGUAAUGAUUAUUGACAGCAGGGAUUUCCCAGAUGACCCGGCUGUGCAGUGGGACACAGCGCAUGUGGCCAGCGUCCUCCUCCAGCACAUAGAAGCGAAUGACAUCCACCUGGUGGUGACUUUCGAUGCCGGGGGAGUAAGUGGUCAUCGCAAUCACGUGGCUCUGUACGCGGCUGUGAGGACCCUCCGUUCGGAAGGGAAGUUCCCUGAAGGGAGCACAGUGCUCACGCUUCAGUCUGUGAAUGUGCUGCGCAAGUACAUCUCCCUUCUGGACCUGCCCUUUUCUCUGCUUCAUGCCGGCGAUGUCCUCUUCGUGCUCACCAGCAAAGAAGUGGCACAGGCCAAGAGGGCCAUGUCCUGCCACCGCAGCCAGCUCCUGUGGUUCCGCCGGCUCCACGUGCUCUUCUCCCGGUACCUGAGAAUCAACUCUCUGCACGCCCUCUGACCCGGAACAGGGCGAGAAAGGACCAGGAAGCGGGCCUGCUCUGGAGCUGGCCUAUGUCCCUGCGCCGAAGGAGCGUAGGGUGGCCUCCCAGGACUCUGCUCCUCAGGCUCGCCAGCCCCUGACGAACGGAGGCCAGGCAGGCCAAAGGACUGUCCAAACUUCAGCUCCCGCCCUGGCCGGUUUGGCUCGGAUGGAGUGUUGGACUGUGGACUGAGGGGUCCCAGGUUCGAUUCGGGUCAUGUACCUUGGUUGCAGGCACAUCCCCAGUAGGAGGUGUGCAGGAGGCAGCUGAUUGAUGUUUCUCUCUCAUCGAUGUUUCUAACUCUCUAUCCCUCUCCCUUCCUCUCUGUAAAAAAUCAA